CUUUCUUCCCAUCGAAAUAUUUUCUUUUCUAAGUUAAAUUGUAUAAAAUACGAGGCUGUAAGAUGAUUGAAAGAGCAACUUCACUUCUAUUUCUGAUCAGCCUUAUCAGUGUUUGUCAAGGGCUUUACUUUCACAUCGCCGAAACCGAGAAAAAAUGUUUCAUCGAAGAAAUUCCUGAUGAGACAACAGUGAUUGUUAAUUAUAAAGUUGAACUCUACGAUCCUCGAUCAGGCGGCUUCAUGCCUUCUUCACCCGGAAUCGGAAUGCAUGUUGAAGUCAAAGAUCCAGACGAUAAAAUUGUCAUGUCUCGUGUUUACAGUUCAGAAGGUCGUAUGUCGUUCACAAGUCACACACCUGGUGAGCAUGUCAUCUGUAUGUAUUCGAAUUCAACAGCUUGGUUCAGCGGAUCACAACUUCGAGUUCAUCUUGAUAUUCAAGUUGGUGAGCAUGCUAUCGACUAUGCUAAUGUCGCUCAGAAGGAAAAGUUAACAGAAUUACAGUUGAGAAUCCGUCAACUGCUUGAUCAAGCUGAACAGAUCACAAAAGAACAAAAUUAUCAACGAUAUCGUGAAGAGAGAUUCCGACAAACAAGUGAAAGCACAAACAAACGUGUGCUCUACUGGUCGUUAGCUCAAACUGCUGUUCUUUUAGUGAUGGGACUGUGGCAAAUGAAACAUCUCAAAUCGUUCUUUGAAGCUAAGAAAUUAGUGUAAAUUCUCAAAUAAACUUUGGCUAAAAAGUUUUAUUUUUCUUUGCUUUUACGACGAAGUUUUGUGAAAUUGAAAAUAUUCAAAAAUUAAAGAAAAACAAAUAAAAUGAAAAAAGAACAUUGAGUGGAAAUUUCAAAGAAAGAAAAAGUUUAUUCAUUUUAUGUGUUGCAAUAUUUAAUAAUGUCGAUUGUGAAUUAAAAUAAAACUUCUAAUUAAGAAUUGUUCCUCGAUGGGUGUCUCCAUAAAAAGUUGAACUUAAUUAAAAUAUGUAGCAGCUUUAAUCUUCUAUUCCAGGCUAAUAAAUUCAC